AUGCUUUCCUCGUUCACUGCGUCACUUUUUACUGGUGUCUUUUUGGCCCGGAGCCUUCUUUCUUGUCAAGCUGCUCCUACAGAAUUCUCCGGCGUCGGAGCUGUUGCCGCUAAUCUUACCUACAAUGCCACAGGCGAUUUUGAUCCAACUAAAACGCCGGCAAAUUACACCCCUGCUGGUGGCAUCGUUCCUAUGGAGCCUAAUCCAACAUAUCAUCCUUUGAGUGACUUUGACUAUCAAUCUUUAUCUUUGGCUCUGUACCACGAGUACAUUGAAUAUGACCUCUUUAAUUAUGGCCUUACCAAAUUCUCAGAUGCCGAAUUCGAAGAAGCUGGCAUAACUGCUGACUACCGUCACUUAAUUCGCUUUAUGGCUCAACAAGAGAUUGGUCAUAUCGAGCUUAUUUCAAAUAUGCUCGGUGGGGACGCUCCUAAAGCCUGUCAAUACAAAUAUGACUUUGAAAGCAAGCUUACACAAUGGACUGAAUCCGGAGUCUAUGGUUUUCUUAAUCACCUUGAUUCUCGUGCUGCUGCUAAUCUUUUACUUCAAUCCAUCACUACUGAAGCUCGUCAGGAAAUGAGUCUUCGUCAAUUGCAGGGUCUCUUCCCUUAUCCCGUCUGGUUUGAAACUGGUCUUCCUCAAUCCUUUGCUUGGACUUUGGUGUCUCCUUAUAUUGUUACCUGUCCUCCUACCAACAAGAAGUUGGUCUGGCAAAACUUCCCUGCUCUUCACGUUGUUAGUCCUCCUGUUGCCACGAACUUUACCAACGGUUCUUACCCUCAAUAUCCUAAUGGCACUUACAUGUACCCUGCUGCUGUGUCUACCAACCGUACUCUGCCCAUGUCCCUUCCCGGCCAAAUUGUUGAAUUCGCCUGGGAAGCUCCCGGAAAAAAGAUAGGCCCCAACAGUUCAUACACCACUGCAACUUCUGCUAAGGGUGCUCCUCAAUUUGCUGCUUGGAUCAGUCAAUUGAAUGUAACUUACACUCCUUUGAAUUUGACCGGCAACAACACCGGCGCUACUUAUCAACCAAGUGUCCACCUCUACAAUGACUCUACUCAACAAGUCAUCAAUGGUUCAAGCUUUGUUGUUUUGACAGACGUAGCCUUGCCUCUCACUCCUUUUAACCUUUCAGCCAUCAAUGAACAUAUUGUUGCUGGCCCUGCCGUGUAUUCCUCUGGUUAA